CUACACCACGAUAUGGAGGAAGAACAUAACCAAACAUCUUGCUUUAUCCAGACGAACACAGCAAACAACUUGCUGAUUACAAUAUACUUUGUCACCUGUAUUGGAGGAACAUCUGGAAUAGCCUUCAUGAUCUUUAUGAUAGCAGGUGCAAACAGACUGUCUGUAACAAGUACAUCAGUAAUCAACCUGCUGGUAGCUCAUGCUAUCUUUAUUUUAAGUGUGCCAUUCCGCAUUAUAUACUACUUUCAAAACAAAUGGCUAUAUGGACCUAUGUUUUGUAGAGUAGUGAGUGCCAUGAUCCACAUUCAUAUAUAUAUUACUUUUGUAUUUUAUGUGAUCAUGUUGACUAUGAGACAUGUUGCUUUCUUUAAGCAAAAAGAUAGCAUUGUAUUCUACAGGACUCUUCAUCCUCUUCUAAUUAGUGGUGUUGUAUGGCUUGUAAUAUGUGUUAUCAUUUUACCACUGGUGUUCACACAGUAUGGCAGCAAUGCCCCUGUUAACGGAUCAGAGUGUUUUCAAUUUCAAACUGAACUUAAAAAUUCGGCAGUGAUGGUCAUGAACUACAUCCUUAUCACAGUCAUAAUAUUAGUGGGGUGUCUUCUCCUCGCUGUACAGAUCUUCAUAAUUGUAAAAGUUCUGAGGAAAAUUCAGAGUCCUAUUUUGGCACAUCAGGAAAUCUGGGUCCAGAUAAAAAGUCUCUUCCUUAUUUUGGUGAUGAUAACAUGUUUCUUCCCUUUCCAUUUCUUCAGAAUUUAUUAUAUGCAGCAUGCAGAGCAAUGCUUCUAUUACAAUGAGAUUUGUUUGAGCAUAACUGCACUCAGUUGCUUAGAUUUUCUCUUUUUUGCUAUACCACGAUACUACAAAAAGAGCAUUUGUUGUUUCCCAUGUAUUACAGGCAGGUAG